ACAAGCAAACUAAGUUCUCAAGUUCCCUCAAUCCCUCAAUGGCCUUAAUCCAUGAACUUGUUUUCACCACAAUUUUAUUCUUUUUAACUCGAAUGAUUAUCCGUUACUUUAUCUACUUAAUUUCUCGACGUAAGUUUCCUCCUGGACCAAUUGGUUUUCCCUUGGUUGGUACACUUCCUUACUUGGGAUCCAUGCCGCAUGUUGCAUUAGCCCAAAUGGCUAACAAGUAUGGACCGAUUAUGUUCUUGAAAGUAGGCACAUGUGACAUGGUGGUCGCGUCAAGCCCAGAAUCAGCUCGAUCCUUCCUCAAAACCCUAGACAUGAAUUUCUCAAACCGGCCCUUGGAUGGUGGUCCUACCCACCUCGCCUACAAUGGCCAAGACAUGGUAUUCGCGGACUAUGGUCAUAGGUGGAGGAUGCUAAGGAAGUUGAGCAACGUUCACAUGCUCGGCCAAAAGGCCCUGGAUGAUUGGACUAGAGUUCGGGAAAACGAGGUUGGUCAAAUGCUUCGAGCCAUGAUCGAGUCUAGCCAACGGGAAGAGCUAGUGGUGGUGCCCGAUAUGUUGUCGUACACAACUGCCAAUAUGAUUGGUCAGGCUAUGAUGAGUAGGAGAGUGUUCGAGACCAAAGGAUCCGAGUCUAACGAAUUCAAGGACAUGGUGGUGGAGCUCAUGACAAUAGCCGGUUACUUCAACAUAGGAGAUUUCAUACCUAUAUUGGAACCACUAGAUCUACAAGGGCUCAAGCGAAAGAUGAAGUGUCUACACAAGAAGUUCGAUGUUUUAAUAACAAAGCUCAUAAAGGAGCACAAAUUGACAACCCACGAGCGAAAGAGAAGACCGGAUUUUGUAGAUGCCCUCCUAAGUUGCGAGGAGAAAUCAGGCGAUGAAAGGCUAAGUAACACAAAUAUUAAGGCUUUGAUAUUGAAUUUAUUUACUGCUGGCACUGAUACAUCAUCAAGUGCUAUAGAAUGGGCGUUAGCAGAACUGUUAAGCAACCCAAAAAUCUUGUCCCGAGCCCAUAAUGAAAUGGACAGGGUUAUAGGACGAGACCGAAGGCUAAAGGAGACCGAUAUAGCCAAGCUUCCGUACCUUAGAGCCAUAUGCAAAGAGGCUUUUCGCAAGCAUCCAUCAACUCCACUAAACCUUCCUCGGAUCUCGACCGAAGCAUGCGAGGUGAAUGGCUACUACAUCCCUAAAAACACGAGGCUUAGCGUGAACAUAUGGGCCAUAGGCAGGGACUCAAGUGUGUGGGAGAAUCCGAUGGAGUUCAAGCCAGAGCGGUUCCUAAGUGGGGAAAAGGCGAAAGUGGACCCUAGAGGGAACGACUUUGAGUUGAUCCCGUUUGGGGCUGGCCGAAGGAUUUGUGCCGGUGCGAGAAUGGGGAUCACAUUGGUGGAAUAUGUGUUGGGUUCGUUGGUCCACUCUUUCGAUUGGAAGCUCGUCGAGGAGUUAAACAUGGACGAGACUUUUGGACUUGCACUUCAAAAGGCAAUUCCAUUAUCUGCUUUGGUCACACCAAGAUUGUCUUCAAGUGCUUAUGCCACUUGAGAAUUAUACCAUUCAACUUUUUUUUUUGUUGCGUUUUCU